AUGUCGAAAUUUAUAAUCACAGGGGUAGUUCUUUUGUCCCUUACUUCAUGGCCUUUAUCAAUUGCACUAAGUCAAUUGAGUUGUAUGAAAAUCCAACGCAAUGUUUUCAUUACUGGAGCCGGUUGUUUUUUGGCUGCAUCUAUUGGGACUUUUUUUCUCUUUAGAAGAUACUUCAGGAAUGUUGACCCAAUGAUAUACCGUAAGUCUUAAAUGCACUUAUUUCAAUAUUUAUAAACUGAUUAUUUUAUUCAUUGUUUUCUAUGACUUCAGUGAUCUACGCGCCUCAUAUUAAUUGUGCCGCGUCCCUGACCUACUUUCGGAAUUUGAUAAAUUUAAGUUUAAUCGGGAAGUUAAAUAAUGCCCAGUCCAGGCUCUACUAGCUCUAAAUUGCCGAAACUCUCUUCAACUAAUGCAAUGCUAAUUUUAUACUUAACAUCUUUUAGUCAAUUAAGAUUAUUUGUUUAAAAAAUUAAAUAAAAAUUCAAAGGACACUUCCUGCUCUAAUUUCUAAGAAGGUCAGGUUUGCCAACUCAACAAUAAAAAUACUAAAUACCGUAAAAUUUGCGCCUACCUCUACUUCUACCCACUACUCAGUGGGGUAUCUAGGGGGGCGGGGGGGGGGUGUCACUGGGUGGCACAAUUUUAGAGUGACACCCAAUUGAAAAAUUGCAUAUUUACAGAGCACAGGCUUGGUUUAACCGAGAUUCACAAAAGAUAACCGAUCACAUGUACAUGACUGUACAUUUUUCACAAAUGUAACAAAUCCAAAUAAAUGCUUUACUUUAUACUUAAUUAAAACUUCAAGGUUGGUGCGUCAGAAAUGAGUUGACCCUAUGAUUAGUAUUAGGUCAGAAAAACACAGUCAUAAAUUAUUCAACGCCGAUUGAAGUGUUCAGUAACUUUCGUAACUGACAUGAAGCUAUAUUAAUCAAAAUUGUGAGAAAUAAGGCUUUCUAUUGUUGAUAUCAAAUAAGAUUCUAAGUACAAGAAUCGAUUCGCUAAAAAUUUUAACCUAUUUAUACUAAUUUAUAGGGUUAAAAAUAAAUUGUUUUCACUCUUUUAAUUAUUAAUUCUUAUUUAUUUAUAUUAAAAAAAACAAAGUUUUUGGAGAAAGAAAUAUAAAUAUAUCGAACCCAGAAAUACUCAAAAAUUCAUAUUUUUCCAGAUUCGUCACUAGUACCGCCCAUUAACAUUUGAGCACAAUUGUCAUAUUUCGACUGGGUUUUAUCAGUUGCCACCUCUCUGUGUUGUAUUUUGGAUAGUGUUCUGACAGUUUUUUUUUAACUGUCAUAAGUAAUAAUUUUGUUUGUUGUCUUGAACACGACAAAAUUAAAGCAUUUUUAUUGUUCAAGAUUGUUUGAGCGAAAAGCAAAAAAAACAACGUGACUCUCUAAAAUCCCUAGGAUUGUUGCUUUGAUAUGUAAAGAAAGAAAAUGCUGACCAGGGUUCAUCUAAAGAUGUUCCUCGGCCUACCAUUGAUACUGAUUCCACCGAUACCAGCAGCAUGCAUUAUAUAGAACAGCAAAUAGAGCAGAAAAUGAAAGAGAUUGACCUGGAAUUUCAAGUGAAAGACGUGGAUGGUUUGGAAACAUAAAUGUCUACUGAUAAUUUUUAUUCUAACCAGGAUACUAAUGCAGAAACAACAUCCAAAUUUGUUUCUGGCUUUGAUAAGUGAUGGAACUGAGCCCAAAAUUACAAAAUCAUGAGGCAUCGAAAGAGCACCCAUGUUGCCUUGAAAAGUGGAAAGCAUUGUCAGCAGGUUUUCGGAUACAUAAAACAAUUGAUGCCAAAAGUAUCGCUGUGAUGGACAGGGAGAAGAAAAGUUGAGGGAUAUCCUGCACAGGUUGCUGGAUAUCACAUUUUUUCUUGCAUCACAAAAUCUGGCAUUUCGUUCCAACAACGAAGAUGAAUCUUCAUUAAAGUAAAUUUUAUAAAAUGUAUGAGAUGCUAUCUAAAUAUGACACAGUGCUGAAAGAGCACCAAAUGAGACUAAAUAGGAGUACAUCUACAGUGAAAGCAUCCCCAUCUUACCUUUUGCCAACCCAAAAUUAAGUUAUAAAUGUCCUAGCAAAUCAUAUGAAGGAGAUUCUUGAUCAUGCAUAUAAAGGCUGCAAGGUAUUUUGGAAUUAUGUUCGACAGUACACCUAAUGUAUCACACACUGACCAGAUGUCUGAAAUGAUCAGAUAUGUGAAAAUCUACAGUGGGAAAGUUAAAGCGAGAGAAGUGUUUUUGUAAUUUUUCCCGUUAAGAGGGAAAAAAAGCUGAUGACCUCAGUUCUGACAGUCUUACAAAUCUAAAACGUGAUGGAUUAAUUAAAUAAUAAGCAAGCGAUUUUUAAUGGAUGUUUGGGCCAUUCGCUUAACUUGUGUGGUUAAUAUUCUUUUGCCGAAAAUGCUUCAUGUGUUUACAUUUUUCGGUACUCUUGAAAGAAUAUUUUCCUUCUUUGCUGCAUCCACUCAUUGAUGUGAUGUUCUAAUUCAGUGGUUCUCAACCUUUCUUGUGCCGAGACCCUUUAAUACAGUUUCUCGUGUCAUGGCGACCCCCAGCCACACAAUUAUUUUUGUUGCUACUUCAUAGCUGUAAGGAUAUGUGUUUUCAGAUGGUCUUAGGCAACCCCUGGAAAAGGGUCCCGCGACCCCCAAAGGGGUCGCGACCCACAGGUUGAGAAACGCUGUUCUAAUUGAACACACUGUAAUGUCGACAAAAAGACGGUCAACAAAGUGUUGGAGUGCGAUUGAAGCUCUGUGUAAGCCUCUUGAAAAUUAGGAUACAAGAUGUACAGCACAAGGUCUUUUACAUACUGUCUUUGAUUUCACGUUUAUCUGCUAACUUUACCUUGGGCUGAUCUACUUGAGGAAGUUAAUCUUACACAGCAGUAUCUGCUAAUUAAAGGCUUUACUCUCGACAAAGUGGUGACAAACCUAGGGGCCUUAAGAUUGUUUCUGCACAAAAGCGCUGUCAUUUGGUGGAACAUGCUAUUGAAAAGGCACUUUUAAAAUCAGACCAAUAUGGAAUUUCUGUAGAGAAAAUAUUAAGGUUUAAGAAGGUUUUUGUUCUUGUCAUUGUUUUACUAUGGACUUAUUUUAUCAAGAAGCAAUCCAUCAUGGAAGUUGGGGCCCAAGGGGGAGGGUGGGGGGGGGGGGGUGAGACACCUUGAGUUUACUGCACCGGGUGACACCAACCCUAGCUACACCAUUGCCCCUACUAUUCCCUUUCCUUCAGCUUCAAGUCAUACUGUAAUAAUAUUUUAGUAAUAACUAAUAACUUAGACUUAUUAGGUGUUACUGUACCUUAUUAGUAGUAGUGAGAUUUGAGGGCUUAACCAGUUAGCUUAGAAGUAGUAGUAGUAGACAUACAGAAAGAUAUUUUAUUUUAUUAUUAAAUCUUAAAUUAUUAUUUUUUUACCAACAAUUAAUUUUUUUAAUGACAACAGACUCACUGUGGUUUCGGUAAUUUUUAUUUGUCUCACUGUCUCACCCUAAGCCCUGUGACUUAAUAGUAGGUCUACAUUUUCCCAGACCCACUCUCCCACUUUCAGGAUACAAAUAACAAACAUAAUAAUUUUCUGGGGAGGGGAUACCUCUCCCCCCACCUCAUUUAGAGGUCUUCCUUUUUGGGGUUAGCAGUACUCAUUUUAACGUUUGGGUUAGUUUAGCCAGGGGGGUGCGGGGGGGGGGGGGUGUGGACCGCACCGAAAAAUUGCAUUUUUACAUAGCACACAGUUCUCGGUCUAACCGAGAUUCAUAAAGGAUAGCCGAUCACAUAUACAUUUUUUCACAAAUGUAACCAAUCCAAAUGCAGGCUUUAUUAAAAGUUCAAGGUUGAUGCGUCAGAAAUGUGAUGACCCUAUGUAUAGCUCAGAAAAACGCAUUCAUUAUUCCAUGCCGUUUGAAGUGUUCGGUAACUUCCUUUUUCAAUCUUUUAAUGAUUAAUUCUUAUUUAUUUAAAUUUAAAUAAAGAAAAGUUUUUUCUGAAGACAUAUAUAAUAUUAUACAUCAAAACCCAAAAGGUAUCUUGCCUUUCACCAGAAAUCCAAACUGAAUUUAUAAGCGUCAUUGCAAAUCAUGUGAAGGAGUUUUUUAUCAUGGAUCUAAACCCUGCGAGGUAUUUUGGAAUUAUUUUCGAAAGUACACCUGAUAUAUCACACAGUGACCAGAGGUAUGUAGUGAUCAGAUAUGUGAUAAUCCACAAUGGGAAAGUUGAAAAGAGAGAAAUGUUUUUUGCAUUUUUCAUGUUAAGAUUGAAAAAAAGCUGAUGACCUCAGUUCUGACAUUCUUACAAACUAAAGCGUGAUGGACUAGACAUAAUGAUGUUCAGAGCUAAGGGUUAAGAUAAUGCUGCCCUAAUGUAUGGAAUCCAUGGAGGUGUUCAAGCCAUUCGGAAAAAAAAAAGAUAAGAAAGCAAUUUUUAAGGAUGUGUGGGCCAUUCACGUGUGUGGUCAACACUCUUUUGCAGAUAAUGCUUCAUGUAUUACAUUAUUUGCUACUCUGGAAAGAACAUUUUCUUUCUUUGCUGCAUCCAAUAAUCGAUGGAAUGUUCUAAUUGAACACACUGGAAUGUCGGUAAAAAGACAGUCAACAACGCGUUGGAGUGCUCAUCAUGCUACUCUUAAAACAGUGAAAGAUAUGUUUGAUGAAUUCUGGGAGGCGAUUAAAGCUCUAUGUUAUCACCUUGUAAAAAUUUGCAUACAAGAGGUUAAGCACAAGAUCUUUUACAAUUUGUCUGUGAUUUCACGUUUAUCUGCUACCUUUAACUUUGGGCUGAUCUACUUGAGGAAGUUAAUCUUACACAGCAGUAUCUGCAGACUAAAGGCUUUACUCUUGACGAAGUGGUGACAAACCUAGAGGCAUUAAGAUUGUUUCUGCACGAGAAGCGCCGUCACUGGGUGGAGAAUGGUAUUGAAAAGGAACUUUUAAAAUCAGACCAAUAUGGAAUUUUGGCAGAGAGAAGAUUAAGGUUUAAGAAGAGAAUGCCAGGAUAACAAUAAUUAGUAGAUGCUGGACUCCAUCUGCGAGAAGAAAACAGUAGGGAGAUGCUGGAGUGUAUUGAUCGCUUUCAAUCUGAACUCCACAUCAGAUCAUCAGUGAUCAAGGAAGUACCAGAUAUUUUUGGGUCUGUUCAACCCAAGAGUCUAGUAUCAGCACGUGAAGAAGAUUUAUUGGUGUCCAUUCCAAAAGUAACUUCUUUCAAUGAUGAGUAAUCAGAAGAUGAACUUUUAAAAGAAAUAUCAAGGCUUAAAAGACAUCUAAAAGCAGCUGAUUUCUCAAAGUCAUGGACUGGUCAGUAUUUUAUUUUUUGAAAUUCAAAGCUGAAUGGGACUUCCUAGAAUCUUUUCCAAUACUCUCGCUUUAAUUUUUUCUUACGACAUGUGUGUAUGUGGCUUCAUGUGAGCGGAGCUUUUCAAAACUAAGGCUUAUCAAGAAAUAUUUAUGAUCCACCAUGUGACAGUCAAGGUUUUCUGAUGUGGCUCUGCUGUCAAUUGAAAGUGAUACAGUGAAAAACAUUGAUUUUGAUCAAGUGAUUGACAGGUUUGCACUCUUUGAAGACAAGGAAAGGAAAAUUUUAAAUUGUAAAUUUAAAGUAAAUACAGCUAUAACUUAACGUUUUUAAAUAUAUUAACUUCAUGAACUUUGAUUUAUUUGUUUUUGUUCUUGUUAUAUCGUGGAGUUAUUUUAACAAGAAAAAAAUCAUCCCGCGUUGAUAGGUGAUGUACUGAGUGUGUCAUCACUUACCGCGUUGAUAGGUGAUGUACUGAGUGUGUCAUCACUUUGGGGGGGGGGGGCGGGUGGUGACACCAUGAGUUUACCGCACCGGGUGACACCAACCCUAGCUACGCCACUGAGUUUAGCGAUAACAUUUUGCUUCACAAUAGGCCUGAAUUUCCCCAGACCCCCUUCCCCACUUUAAGAUAAAAAUGACAAACAAAAAUAACAUUCCUGAGGAGGGGAGGGACCCCCCACACCUCAUUUUGGUAUUAAGGCGUCCUCAUUUUUUGGGAUUAGUUGAACACAUUGUUAGGGUUUUGACUAGGUUUAGCAAUAAAAUUUUGCUAAGGACAAAAUUAUUUAUUUGUAUCUGGUAUCUGCUAUCUUGACCUUUUUUUUGUGACUGCUAUUUUGUUGCGGAUGAAGGGAAGUGUAGGCCUACUGACUGUGGAGUAUUUGCACUUAGGGUGAGACAAUAGCCAAAACCUUUACUAUAAACUAAACAUUUACCAUAAGUUUUUAAGGACACAUUUUUGAUAUUUAAAUAUAGAGCUGAAGUUAAAACUAUUUGCGUCAUGAAUGGCAUAGGUGACCUUAUGUCUAACACUAUACCCAAUUUAUAUAUUGUAUCAAUUCAAAGCUCUAUAAAUAGCCUCUGUUACUAUUAUAGUCCUAAAGUUAAAAUAAUAUAUGUUAUGUCACAAAGUUGAAUAAGUCCUAUUUAUAAAACAUAUAACUCUGUAAGUUUUUCUGUUUAUGAUCAUACAAUCGUACAAGUGUAAAGCAAUCAAGACCAAGCAAUAUUAAAUGCUGAGAAUUUCAGUUUUGGCUUGCUUAGACCUAAAGUUUCUUACUUUUAACAAGUCACUUUAUGUCAGAUAUUUACAGACUGUUACAAAAUUGACAGGUGGUUGGCAACCCUGAUUUUAAGUCUAUGCCAAAGCAAAGGGCACAUAGCACCAAUCAAUGCCAAAUAAUUAAUCACAAUCAAUUAAAAAUAUACCCCACCGUAACAGGUACUUUACAGUAGUCAGACACAGUUGUUACAUGUAUCUUUUAAUUGGUUAUAUAGGCUAGAUCAAUAUAAAUUAUCCUUUAUUGGCAUAUCUAAAAAAUAUUUGUGAUUAUGAAAAUACAUUUAAUAAGUUAAGUAUGAUACUAUUAUUUUAUAGAAUCAAACUGUUAUAUAUAUAAAUAAUUAUUAUCCAAACUAUGUAGGCUAGCAUAUAUUAUGCAUUAAUUCAAUAUACAUACUUUACAUUAUUACACAUCUUGUCUCAGUAAGAUGGUGUAAAAAUUAGUUAAUCAUCAUCAGUUGCGCUGCAGCCCACGUAGAGCCCUGGCAUGCUCCACCACAUCCUUUCGUUCCGAUCGAUGCUCGGACCCUCAACUGAUGCAAGCCCUUCUCUAAAUCAAUCCAUCUCAGUCUUGGUCAACUGGUGUGCUGUCGGCUUGUAGGUUUUGCAUGUAGAAUAUUUUUGCUGCUAUACAAUCCGGUAUCCUGUCAAUGUGUCCUGUCCAGCUCAGUCUGCCUUUUUUAACUGUUGAGACUAUGGGUGUGUCUUCAAAUCAUUGAUGCAGCUCUUGAUUUUUAUGGAUUCUCCAUCCAUCAUUGUCUAUCACAGGACCAUAUAUUUUCCUGAGGAUUUUCCUCUCUCAUGUGUUGAGCAGGUUCUAUGCUUUUCUGGUGAGUGACCAGAUCACACUUGCGUAUAUUACACCUGUUCUAAUGAUAGUGGUGUAAAUGGCUUUUUUUUUCUUCUUGAUUGGUUUUUGCUACCUAGUAGCUUUUUUAGCCUGAAAUAAGAACAGUUGCCUGUUAUCCUUUCUUUCACCUCUAUCAUUAUUUCAUUGUGCUCAAUUAUAGUAGCCUCUCUUUUAAAGGUGUGGUUUCUUAUUUUGAUGUUUUCACCAGUAUGUGUGUUUAGUGACAUUACCAUAUAGCUUGUCUUUGCUUAAAUUACCAUUUAAUUAUGUCAUUUGCAUAGUGUUUUUCUGAAAGUAGUUUUUGAUGGUUCCACUGGUGCUCACAUAGCUUUGUCUAAUGUGAUGUUAAACACAGGAUACAUGAUUGUGAGUCUCCUUGUCUCCCUCGAGCACCCUCCCUGUAUUUUGAUUCUACUAUAUCAACUACAUCUUGACUUUAACAAACAUUCCAAGUGUUAUUAUUGGUACCAUACCAGAUUUAGUGCUUUAACUUUGGAUUUAACAAUCUUCAUAUGGAUAAGCCUGGUAAUUUUGUUAGGGACUAUGCCUUAAUUUGCAGUUUAUCAUUCAUCUGUUAUUAUUUCAUAAGAAGGACCACACGACAUAAUUGUUAGCUGUAUGAAUUUUUUGCUGUCUCUCAUUUAUGACAGCACAUGCCUCAGAAAUAGGCAUCCAAGUGCACAAAACCUGUGUCUACACGGUAACGUAGGCCUUUGCAUGAUAAUUACAUCAAGGAUGUAUGUGAAACAAGGUAAAGGAAAUCCUGAAAAAACGAUGUAACAAAACAACAAAAAUAUCAGCAAGAAGAAACAUUAAGUUACAACAAUAUAAAAAUUAAAAUAAACACUUAGCUGAAAUAUAUUAUCUGAAGGUACAGCAAGAGGAAUGUAAAAGACCAUUAGUUGGCAAGAGAGUUAAUAUAGGCAAUAGGAGAAGAAAUAGAGGAAAAGUAAGUCCACUUUUGGUUGUAACAAGGAGGGGGCACAGAAAAGUGAAGGAGAAUAUGACAUUCAUGCUAUGUGGUGUCAAGGUCCCAUAGGUGUGUCUAAGUUUGUUCUUUAAGUUCACGCUGCUGAGAUUGUUGGUACAGGAAACAAUUUUGAUGAUGGCCAAGUCACGUAAGCCCUUGUGCUUGCUUUAUUGUAUCUUGACUUAAACAAACAUUCCAAGUGUUAUUGUUGGUACCAGAUUUAGUGCUUUAAUUUUAGCUUUCUAUUAUAUUCUUUUCUAAAAAUAAUAAUUAUUAAAAUAAAAAAUUUGUUCUACUAAGAGCCCAACCAUAAUCCCUGCAAUUAUAAAAGGCAGGCUGCAUUGGAAAGGACACCUUGUUAGGAUGCCAGAUUAUAGAAAAGUAAAGGUACUUUACAGACAAACCAAGGGGCAGGCUGCUCCAACCCAGACUGAGAUGGAUUGAUGAUGAUGAUAUAGCAAUGGAUUUCCUUAAAAGGGGGGUCUGCGUAGAGACAAAAAGUCAUGGAUCUGUCUGAAUGGAGCAUGCCAGAGCCCUUCAUGGACUGUAGCAUCAUUAUUGAUGAUGAUGAUUUCUGUAUUUUUAUGUUGUUAUAAAAAGCAUACAAUUUUGCAACUUGAGGGAAACACAGGUCAGGAUUCACAGUUUUGAUUAGUACAGUUUGUUGGUAAUUAAAUAAUGGGGAGAAAUCUUUGUGAUGGGAAUCCUAAUGUAUUGACCAAAACUCAAUAAUUUUUCCUUAUCCUAGUUUUCAGUCUUUUCUGUUAUGAUGCACUCUGUGGCCUUGGUAAUGCCUUGGAGCUUGAUGGGUACAUCCCAAGCCUUAAAUCAACUAAUUUGACAGAGGUAGAACCAUACUUGAAAACUGCUCAUGGCACAGUGAUAUCCUAUUGGAAUGGAAUUGUCCAUUUUAUUCUAUGUCUCUCAGCCAUUGGACUUUACACUCACAGGUAAAACUUUCCUUAAUAUAAUACGGCAAUUUCUUGAAGAUUUAUUUAAACAUAUUCUUAGUUUUUGAUCACUCUGGCCCUUUAAAAAAAAAAAAAAAUUAGCAUGAAAUGUGGACCUAGGAAUAUUACUUUUAACUUUUGAUUGCUUCACUUGUUUGUACAUAGGGACAGUCACAGGGAAGUGAGUCUCUAUUGGGCAGGCUCCUUAAUUAACAGCAUGGUGGUUCUUUUACCUGGGUGUUUUACUGGUAAGUUAAACUUUGGAUUUGAUGUUAAACUAGAAAACAAAUACACUAUUUUGAUGUUAUAGUCAACAACUUUAAGACUGUUGCUGGGAAAAAAAAGUAUUAUUUCUUCCAAGAAAUUUUCAAAAUAAUCUAUUUACUAGCAUUUUGCUGUUACCUUUGUAUGACAUAUUUGUGUGGGGUGGGGGUGUCAAUUAUUAGACAUGUGACAAAUGUGAAUGAUGACAAUUGUUUAGGAUGUAAGAAGAUGUUAAAUGAGUCAACACACUUGGGUUGAAAUAUAUAUAAAGAUUUAUUGUCUAUGUACACACUUCAAUACAGCUUAUCAAUUUAUAUACCAUCCUGAACAACUAUUAGGAACAUAUUCAACACAUGUCAGGUUCUGUCAAAAGAUCUGCCUGGUUGAAUAUCUAGCGUAGACUAUCAAACACUAACUGCACAACACUACUACUGAUCUACAGAACGGAACUCUACAACUCAACUACUGAACUAAUUCCUGCUAUAUCUCACACAGUAUUCAUACCACCCCACACCUAAACCCACACACUACCCCGCUGACUUGUAUUCCCCAUGUAUAAAAUGGCGAGCUGAGCUUUAAUACCCCCCCCCCCCCACUGUGGCUCUACUUUAUUCUUGAGCUUUCCAAUAAGUUGACAUUUCGUUAUAAAGAGCUAACUUUCAAUAAAACCCACACUCAUGACCUGGACACUGAAUAGUCCAAUAACUUCAGUAUGGAGGGUAAAAUGUUGAACAUCAUCUCUGCAGUGGUUUCAUGGUCUGUAUCUCUAAGGUUUUUGAAAUCAGUUUAUUAUACCAGAUCCCAUUUUAAAAUUUUAGUAUAAUGUUAAACAGGAGUGACCUGCCAUGUUAAAAAUAGCAGCCCGCGAUGCCUAAUUUAACACAAAAACGUAUUAAUUCUUCAUUUAAUAGAUGAGUAGAUUGAUAUAUAAAACAAAAAAAAAGGAUAAUUGGGAGAAAAGAUAAAAUGACAUCACAUUCUUCUACUUUUGCUAUGUUUUAUUUUUUCAUUAUGAGUACCGGGUAUUAAGAAAGAUAGAUAGUUCUAAUGUGCCUCUGGUGCGUUUAAACAAAAAUAGAUUUCAAUAUAAGUUGUAAUUGGCAUGCUGCUCUGUAUCAAUUGGCCAGCAAAGCCUUUUGGGUUGGCCACCUCUGCUGUAAAACAUUUAAUUUUAAACUUAUUGUCUCUUUCAUCCUUUCAUUUAUGUGGGGCUGAGAUUUUAUCAGACAAAAACAUUCUAAUAUAAUAUGCAAAUUUUGCUUAUUCUUAAAUGAGAUACGAAUUAGCCCACUGUGGAAAGCUUAUUAUGUUUGCCUGACUUUUAUUUGUUUGUAACAUUGUUGAUAGGGGAUAUGAGUGCAUGACAAGCUACUUUUUACAGUUUCUCUAAUACUUUAUUUCUUCAUGCCCAGGCUCUGUUAAGAUUUCAACUUACUUCAACAGUGCAUUUGUGGUUUUACCAAUAGUUGUUAUCUUCUACUACAUCCACCACAGUCCUUUGCAGGCUCGAACCUUUUUAAAGGUAAUUGGAACAAUUCUUAGGCAUAAAACACACAUAAUUAUUACACUAAUAAAUAAAUUAUUUAAAUCAAACAUUUUAAUAAUAUUUUGUUUUUGACAGUUCUCCCCUAUCUGGAAGCGGCCAAUAGAUUUAUUUUUUCUCAUCUGCUACAUAUUUUCAAUAGCAGUGGCUGUCUUUCGAGGAUUGGUAAGAAAAAUUACUUUUUAGUGUUGUUUAGUUAGAAUGAUAAUUACAUUUUUACUUAUGCUUUCAUUAUAAUUAUAAACAAAGUUACUUAAAAUUUUUAAUGUUUUUUAAAUUUUAUUUUUUAUUUUAACUUUAGUUGUUAAUAUUAACUUAUGAAAUUCACUAUCUUUCACUAGGCAGUUCUUGGUGGUAGUCCAAAAUGUAUGACCCAGUAUCUGAAAGAAUAUGAGCCAUACCUGUCUGAUCCAUCAAAUUUCCCCAAAUUCCAGGUAAUUUUUAUACCACAAGUCUCAAAUUCUAAAACUGUAAUUACUAUUUACUAAUAUGAAAUUUUCAUUUGCAUAUUUUGUUACAGCUGUUUAAAAAGGAUUACUAAAAAAAAAAUUCCCUUUAAAUAAAGAUUUUCAGUUUUUACUGUUUUUUGGAUUUUUUCCCUUGCUUAAUCUUAUUGUUGGUAUCAUUUUCAGGUUUUGACAUACGAGUACAUUUUCUUAGUAUACUACUUGUUUGCAAUCUAUGGCCUACUCUAUCCAGGACAGCACUGGAUGGCUGACUGGUCUCUUAUACAUGCUGGAGCAUCUGCACAGGUCAAUUUUUAAAAAUAUUACUUCUGUUGUAACUAGUUUUUUUUUUUUAUUGUUCAGUUAUAAAUUUCAUGCCUUAAUUUAUGAUUAUGAAAUAUAUAAUGAAACUUUUAUUGGUUUACUCAGGCCCAGUUCAGCUACAUCUAUGGAUCACUUCAUCCCCGAACACCCAAAGCCUUCCACUCACCACAGGCAGGCAAUCCUGCUAUUGUAUUUUGGGGUGUUAACUUGGCAUUGUUUGUUAUCCCGCAUCUCUUUGCUUGGUGGUGCCAAAGAGACCCCGAAAAUUAUGGUCGGACCUACACUGUGGACCUUGCAACACCAAAGUCAUCGUUUUCUGGACGUUCAGUGAGGUAUCAAAAGAAGAGAGAAUAACUGACAUUGUACUGUUUUGUGUCAUAAUAAAUUAUAUCUUUAGUUAAGACCCUUUAUUCAGGUUUUUAGCCAAUGUCUUACAUUUUAUUUAGGUGCUGUUUAUAAAAAUUUCUUAAGGACCUGAAAUACAAACAUGUGCACUGAAACAUAUUCACAUAAAGAAAUAUAAAACUAAGCGGUUCUGUCAAACAGUUCACUUACAUCAUACAACUUCAUAAUGUAACCUAAGCUUCCAGAGAAUACAUAACCUUCGAAAUGUUGUUUGAUUCUGAAUCUCUUCUAUGGUUUUAAAUCUACUUCCUUUAGUUAGGCUUUGUCGAUUGCUAGUAAAAUGCUAGGUCAGGAAA